CUGCCUCCUGAUUGGCUGGCUGUCAAUAUUAACCCCGCCUCCCUAGGUUAGCCGGAAGAUGAGUGACCCGCAGCUUAGACUGCUAAAUCAUGGCAACAUUCAUGGAACGGUUAUCUUUUCUGCAGAAAAUCCCCACCUUGAUGAAGGCAACAGCAGAUGAUGAAACCCCCUGUCCAGGGUACCUUUUCCAGGAGAUUGGAAAAAUCUGCCAUGAGUCAUCGGGCUAUGGCCAGUGUUUGCUGGAAUAUCUCCUGGAGAGACUACAGGUGGAGUCAUGUCAUGUCAAACUGAAGGUGCUGAAGAUCUUUAUCCAUCUAUGUGGACAAGGCUCAAAGCAUUUUCUGAUGGAACUUAGAAGAAACUCUACCUUCAUCCAGCAAGCAUCUAUUCACAGCGGUGCUCCUGAUCCCAUCCACGGCACAGCGCUAUACCAGAAAGUGAGGAGUGCAGCACAGGAAGUGGCCCGUUUACUUUUCACUGAUGCAGUUUCCACCAAAGGAAGCAUUGCUCCGCACAACAUAGGCCCUGCAACAGUGGGAAUGGGAUCAGCAGGUUCCCAAAGGUCGGGGUUGCAGGGAUUUGGGUACAGUCCAGGGAUGCAGGGGACAGGCAGUGACUCACUACUGGAUAAGAUCCAGAAGGCUGCUGAGGUAGUUGCCAGCGCUGUCCUUCCCCCGACGGAGCACCAGGGCAUCCGCCUGCAAGAGAACCAUUACCGAGCAGUUGUGGCACCAUCUGCAUCCAUAGAGGUCGCUGUGCCAGCGUGCACCUAUAACCUGCCCACUCGCACACCAAAAGCGACCCAGCGAUGCCCAGGGCAGGUAGGCGGUGGUUGGGAAGAGACGGACAGCAGCAACGACUCCUCUCACAACUCUUCUCAGGACAUUGCCACCAACAGCAGAGCGUCUGUGGGCAGCAAGUCAGCUGGUACCAGGAGCCAAUCAGGAGCCAGCAGAGAAAGUAACGGGGACCUCUCUGAACGGACUGAAGCGUUGCAGCUGGGAGACUGUGGCCAGGAGAUGGCUCUUAUCAACAGACUGACCGAAGGAUCCAAGGUUUUCCUGACCAGAGAGGAGAGUCAACACUUCCUUAAAGAGUGUUCUACUCUUAACUGCGAAGUUGUGGUGGAGUUGCUCUCAAGCAAGCUUCAAGAUCUGUCAUGCACUGUUAAGAUGCGGGCUCUGUGUGCUGUUGCCAGCCUCAUGACCUCUGACCUUCUUGCUCUGGAGCAAAUAUUCAGAGCUACUCAAUGUAGACUUUGCCAGCUCAGUGAGGGGCCUCCAGGACCUGUGGUGAACAAAGCUACCAAGAUUCUGCGGCAGUUUGAGGCUCUGAUGGGUGGAUCGCUGCCUGCUACCAGACAAGAUGCAGCGCACAGCAGCCAUCAGGCAACAUCUAAUCAGUUCCUGCCAUCUGCCUACUUGGAGAACUCACAAGCAACAAACUCAGCUGACUACACCACCUCUGAACUUUACCAGCCGGAGCACUCGUCCUCAUGCAGCGUCCAACCACAAAGUCUCCCAUCUUCUCCUUCCAGUGUGGAGGAGAGAUGGAGAUGCUCCACAGGAGAGCAGAUGGAUGAUUUGACUAAAAAUAUGGCCCAUUCCGUUAGGACUGCUGGAGAUCCAGGAAGUUCUUCUCUUUCCUCUAAACCUGAAAAGGUGCUGGCCAACCACAGCAGCCUGUCUCUGUUCAGUGGGAUGGAGCUGGUGACCAAGGGUGGUCCCCUGUGUGGAAGAGACGCGCCACACACAGAGUCGGACCAAACAGACUGUAGCUCAAAUGUGACUCAAACUGUACUUAACUUUAAAUGUUUGAAGAACUCUCCUGUGGUUUGGACUGAAGACAGAGCAGAAGUUCCUUCUGGUUGUAGUCCUGCUUCAUCUGAUGAAAGCCAACCAGCAUCAGCUUUCUCCUUCCUCAACUCCUGACUAUUUACUACAUUGUGAGGCUGUGGAACAACUUUAUGAUGAUGUCAAAUAUAUAUCCUUUUGGAAAGGUUUUCUUUUAGCUAGCAGGUUUUCUAGCUCCUAAUCUCCUUAAAGCAGGGGUGUCAAACUCCAGUCCUUGAGGGCCAGUGUCCUUCAACCUUUAGAUGUGUCCCUGGUACAACACACCUGAAUCAAAUGGCUAAAUUACGUCAUCGGUAAGUAGUCGAGUUCUUCAGAAUCCUGCUAAUGACCUAAAAUUUAGAUUUAAGGUGUGUUGAAGCAGAGAAACUUCUAAAAGCUGUACAAUAAUGGCCCUCAACGACUGGAGUUUCACUGGAGUCUUGGAGCUAGAUACCACAGCACACCUUUGGGAUUCUAGUUGGAGUCCACGCCUCAACUGCUCACACUAUUUUACAGGGGUCAUAUUAUUAUGCCUGAUCCAUGUACAUGGGAGAUUAACUUUCCGUUCGCCUCGAAAGUUGCUUUCAGCCAGGAGUAAGUUUGGGUUUCUAGAGAAGCAUGUCUGUCAUGACUAACAGGCUCUGGGUCUGCUAACAUUGAUGCCUUAGGUUUCAUUUUUUUAAAGUAUUCUAACAUGCAGUGUUUUCCGGAACAACAAGAAAUCGAAAUGCCUUAUGUUGAAAGGCAGGAAGCCCAGGAACGGAGGCUGAGAAAAAAGUUUUCAGUUAAGAAGCAGGUGUGAAGUAAUGGGAAACAUCAGAGCCUUGAAAUGACUUGGCGUUUUGGUUGCAGGCCUGAUGGUUGCUUUAUCUCAGGAUUCUUCUUCUUCUUUUGUUUUUGAAGUAACAACCUACACCUCUGCUGCAUGUUAUCAACCUCUGAGGAAGAAACCCAGUUUGUGAUUUGCACUAGAGAUGAUUUUUGUUUUGACUCAGACCUUUAAAAGAAAUUUGUCUUCCAUGUUUGUGUUUUGUGGGUGUGAUUUUUUCUUUACAUGGAGAAAAUGUCUUCUCUGCAUAGUUAUAGUUGAAAAGUUAUAAUGUGCAUGAUGUAUUAUUGACAUUCUAAUGGAGGAAUGAAUUAUUCAGAUAUUUGAUGUGUUUAAUCUUUAAUGGAGGAAGUUUUGAUGAAGCAUUUGAAGCCUCUUGUUAAACGUCACAUUACAGUAAAGUUCAGUAAACUCCAUGUUGAAAAACGUCUGUUAGGCUUCAGUGAACACAAGCCAUGCUGCUGAACAAUAAAACAUGCUAUAUUUUUGGUA